AUGACAAGCUACGAAACAGCUCAAAUAGUCGGGUACAUAUGGAUCAUGAAUUUGCAUCGAGGCGGAUUCGGAGUCCCUUCUCUUGUCAAAAAAGACACAGCCAAUGAGAAGGAACCCAUCGUAGUGAUGAAAACUGUGAACAAAGUGAACAAUUAUAUGAAGGAGUAUGAAGUGCAAAAGUUUUUGAGCGAGAGGAAGGAGUGCAAGCAUAUCGUUGAAAUGUUUGAAAUGCAUGAAGUCGGAAACGUUGCAAUGUUUUUGAUGGAAUAUUUAAUCCAAGAAGAUCUCCAGCAGAGAAUUGAGGCACAAGUAUCGUUGUCACUCACAAAAGCGCAGUACUUCUACCGACAAUUAAUCCGAGGAUUGGAGUUUAUACAUUCCAAAAGAAUUUGCCAUCGAGAUAUCAAACCAGCCAAUCUUUUUCUGGAUGGUCGAGAUUGCCUAAAAAUCGGUGACUUCGGAUUGUCCGAUUAUUAUAUGGAUGCCCAGGGAAACCAAAUCCUUCUCAGGAACAGGGUUGGAUCACAGUUUGCUUCUGCACCAGAAGUGUGGAGUAGGAACAAUCUGAGAGUCGCAGGACCACCAACGGACGUUUGGUCAACAGGAAUAGUUUUGUUUGUCAUGUUAACCGGAACAGUACCAUGGGAUUGUGCAAACUUUCAAUGCACGAGAUAUAUGAAUUUCAUGAACUUCAACAUUGGAUCAUCUGCAUGGAGCCAAUUAGAUGGCAAAGUGAUUUUAUUCCUGCGCGACGUUCUGAGUCACACACCUCAAGAUCGUCUGACAAUCCAAGAUAUUAAAGCGGAGCCGUGGUACAUGGAGGAUAUUGGAAGAGUGUUACCAAUACCUGAACCGGUGUGGUUGAGACCAGAGCUUGAGGAUAUGUGA